AUGGCUGGAGAAGGAAAAACACGAAACACAACUAGAGAUGAUGCCUAUGCAUAUCUUAGGACUGUGAAGGAUAAAUUUGAGAAUGAUCGUGAAAAAUAUGACGAUUUUCUUGCGAUUAUGAAUAAUUUUAAUGCUGGGAGGAUUGAUAGGAAUGGUUGCAUAGAAGAGGUGAAGGAACUAUUUAAAGGACACCGAGACUUGAUAUCGGGGUUCAAUGUGUUUUUACCAGGGUCUUUAGAGAUCGCUGAUUGGUAUAACUUAGAGUGUCGCUGA